UCAUGAUAAUCGAGCAUGUCUGGAAAACCCUCUUCGUUUUGGUUGAAUGAGUAUGAAAUGAAGUAUGCAUGAUGGUAGCAAGAGAAAUGACAAGUUAGUUAAAUUUCUUCAACAACCAAUCACCAAUCGUCACUUCAAUUUUUGUUUCUUUCUUCAUCUUCAAAACCUAAACUGUUUCAAGCUUCAAGCUAUCGUCAAUGGCGGUUUCGGAGGAAGAGUGUUCUUCCGCGAAGCCAGGACCGUCUUCAUAUCCCUCCACGAAGCCCUACUAUCUCUCCAAGUGCGUUCUCAGAGGCAGUGCCGUUCUUCAGGUUCUUUAUGGCCACAUCCGUUCACCUUCAUCGAACGACGUAGUUUUCGGCAAGGAGACAUCAAUAGAAUUGGUGGUCAUUGGUGAGGAUGGGAUUGUACAAUCAGUGUGUGAUCAACCAGUUUUUGGCAUUAUCAAAGAUCUUGCAAUAUUGCCAUGGAAUGCCAAAUUCCAAAUGCGGGAUCCGCAGAUGUGGGGUAAAGAUCUUUUGAUUGCUUUAUCCGAUUCUGGGAAGCUUUCAUUCCUCACAUUUUGCAAUGAAAUGCACAGAUUUUUCCCUGUAACACAUGUUCAUCUAUCUAGUCCUGGAAACACAAGGGAUCUCCCUGGAAGAUUGCUAGCAGUUGAUUCUAGUGGUUGUUUUGUUGCUGCCAGUGCAUAUGAAGAUCGGUUGGCUCUAUUUUCUGUGUCAGGGAUUGGCAAUGAUAUUGUUGAUGAGAGGAUAAUGUAUCCUACUGAAAGUGAAGGGACUGCAAGUAUUUCUACAAGUAAUCACAGAAGCACUUUAAGUGGUACUAUUUGGAGCAUGUGCUUUAUUUCACAAGAUUCCAAGCAAUCAAACAAGGAGCAUAAUCCUAUACUAGCUGUUGUUCUAAAUAGGAGGGGAAAACCUCAAAAUGAUUUGAUACUGUUGGAAUGGAAUAUUAAAGCACGUACAAUCUCUGUCAUUUCUCAGUUUGUUGAAGCUGAAGCUGGGUUUCUAGCACUUAACAUUGUUGAAGUUCCUAACUCUCAUGGACUUGCAUUUCUAUUCAGAGAAGGUGAUGCUCUUUUGAUGGAUUUAAGAGACGCUUGCAACCCAUGUUGCGUCUAUAGGACUAACUUAAACUUUUUACCCAAUGCCAUGGAGGAGCAGACUUAUAUUGAGGACUCUUGUAAAUUACAAGAUGUUGACGAUGAACGCUUUAAUGUUGCUGCCUGUGCUUUGUUGGAGCUGAGUGAUUAUGAUCCUAUGUGCAUAGACAAUGACAGUGCCAGUACUAAUCCAAGUUUCAAGUAUGUAUGCUCAUGGAGUUGGGAACCUGAAAAUAAUAAAGAUCCCAGGAUGAUCUUGUCUGUAAAUACUGGAGAAUUUUUUAUGAUUGAAAUUCUUUUUGAAUCUGAUGGCCUUAAAGUUAGUAUCUCUGAGUGUCUUUAUAAAGGUAUGCCUUGUAAAGCACUUUUGUGGGUUAAAGGUGGAUAUAUAGCUGCCUUUAUAGAAAUGGGAGAUGGCAUGGUUCUGAAAUUGGAAGAUGGAAGGCUAUGCUAUACAAACCCUAUUCAAAAUAUUACACCAAUACUGGACAUGGCAGUUGUGGAUUAUCAUGAUGAGAAACAUGAUCAAGUGUUUGCCUGCAGUGGUGAGGCACCUGAGGGGUCGUUAAGGAUAAUUCGGAGUGGUAUCAGUGUAGACAAGCUAAUUAGGACUGCUCCCAUAUAUCAGGGGGUCUAUGGUGCUUGGACUGUUCGAAUGAAAAUUACUGAUUCAUAUCAUUCUUUUCUAGUGCUAUCAUUUGUUGAGCAGACAAGAAUAUUGUCAGUUGGAUUAAGUUUUACAGACGUGACUGAUUCAGUUGGUUUCCAACCUAAUGUAUGUACCUUGGCAUGUGGCCUUUUUAGUGAUGGUCUGCUUGUCCAGAUCCACAAAUCUACUGUUAGGCUUUGUUUGCCUACCAAGGGUGCUCAUGCUGAAGGUAUAUCCAUGUCCUCUCCUAUUUGCACAUCUUGGUCUCCAGAUAACAUGACCAUCAAUUUGGGGGCAGUUGGGCACAAUUUCAUAGUUGUGUCCACCUCUAACCCAUGCUUCUUGUUUAUUCUAGGGGUAAGGUUGCUAUCAGCUUAUCAUUAUGAAAUUUAUGAAAUGCAUCAUUUAGGACUGCAGAAUGAAUUGUCAUGCAUUUCCAUCCCUAGACAAAAAACUGAGCAGAAACAACCAAAUUCAUCUUCUGCAAAUAAAAGAAGUACUUCUUCCCUUGUUAGUGGAGUUGACAUCAAUAAAACCUUUGUUAUUGGCACACACAAGCCAUCUGUUGAAAUUUUGUCUUGUGGUCCUGAUGGAGUUACGGUGGUUGCUUGUGGGACAAUUUCAUUAACAAAUACAAUGGGGACUACCUUAAGUGGCUGUGUACCUGAAGCUGUGCAGCUUGUAUUUGUUGAUAAGUAUUAUGUUCUUGCUGGAUUGAGGAAUGGAAUGCUUCUUCGCUUUGAGUGGCCAACAAGAUCAUCUUCAAUACCAUUGACUGUGGAUAAUGCUGAUUUAUGUUCCACAAAUUUGGUGAAUUCUGUGGCCAAUGCUUUUGACAAGAGAAAUGACCUGCCUUCCGUGCUUCAGUUGAUUGCCAUUCGUCGUAUUGGUGUUACUCCAGUUUUCUUGGUGCCCUUGGAUGACUCGCUUGAUGCUGAUAUAAUUGUUCUAUGUGAGAGACCUUGGUUGUUGCAUAGCGCAAGACACAGCCUUUCCUAUACUUCUAUUUCAUUUCAGCCAUCCACACAUGUUACUCCUGUUUGCUCCAUUGAGUUUCCUAAAGGAAUACUAUUUGUUGCAGAAAACAGUUUACAUCUUGUGGAGAUGGUGCACAGUAAGAGAAUUAAUGCACAGAAGUUUCAUUUAGAAGGCACUCUACGCAAGAUCCUGUAUCACAAUGAAAGCAGGAUGUUGCUUGUGUUGAGGACUGGACUGAAUUAUGGUACAUGCUCGUCUGACAUAUGUUUUGUGGAUCCCACAAGUGGGUCAGUGCAUUCAUCUUUUAGACUCGAACCUGGAGAAACAGGAAAAUCCAUGGAAUUAGUAAGGGUUGGAAGUGAGCAGGCUCUUGUAGUUGGAACUAGUCUGUCUUCUGGUCCGGCCAUAAUGCCCAGUGGGGAAGCUGAGAGUGCUAGGGGUCGCCUUCUUGUUCUUUGCCUUGAUCAUGUGCAAAAUUCAGAUAGUGGUUCAAUGACAUUAUGUUCAAAGGCAGGAUCGUCAUCUCUACGAACUUCACCAUUUCAUGAAAUUGUUACAUAUGCUCCCGAACAGUUAUCAGGCAGCAGUCUUGGCAGCAGCCCCGAUGAUAAUAGUUCCGAUGGGAUCAAACUAGAUGAAAAUGAAGUAUGGCAGUUCCGGUUUGCUUAUGGCAAUACAUGGCAGGGAAUGGUGCUUGCAAUCUGUCCUUAUCUUGAUCGUUACUUCCUGGCAUCAGCUGGCAAUACUUUUUAUGUUUGUGGUUUCCCAAAUGACAAUCCCCAAAGAGUGAGAAAGUUUGCGCAGGGAAGGACACGUUUCUUGGUAACAUCAUUGACUGUACAUUUCACUAGAAUCGCUGUUGGUGAUUGUCGUGAUGGUGUCCUUUUCUAUUCCUACCAUGAGGAUACAAAAAAAUUGGAGCAACUUUACUCUGACCCAUCGCUGAGGUUAGUUGCUGAUUGCAUUCUUAUGGAUGCUGAAACGGCUGUCGUUUCGGAUCGUAAAGGAAGCAUUGCUGUUUUAUGUUCAGAUCAUUUGGAAGAUAAUGCAAGUCCAGAAUGCAAUUUGUCACUAAAUUGUGCUUAUUUCAUGGGUGAAAUAGCCAUGAGCAUUCAGAAGGGUUCAUAUUCAUACCGUCUUCCAGCUGACGAUGCUCUGCAAGGAGCCAAUUGGCCCAAGACAAACAUUGAUUCACUACAAAAUACAAUUAUUGCUAGUACUCUGUUAGGAAGCAUCAUGAUCUUCAUCCCUUUAUCAAGGGAAGAAUAUGAGCUCUUAGAAGCAGUGCAAACAAGACUUGCUGUACAUCAUUUGACUGCACCUAUUCUUGGGAACGAUCAUAAUGAGUUUCGCAGCCGUGAAAAUCCAGCCGGAACACCCAAAAUACUUGAUGGUGAUAUGUUGACUCAGUUUCUGGAGUUGACAAGCAUGCAACAACAGAUCAUUUUAUCAUCCGACCCACCGGAAAUGGUAAAAUCAAGUUUGAAGUCACUCCUACCUCCACAUGUUCCUAUUAAUCAGGUUGUUCAACUUCUUGAACGAGUUCAUUAUGCGCUGAACUAAACAUAAAUACACCUUUCUAGCCCGGUCCUCUUUUCCCCUAACAACGGUAAAUGAAAAGCGGGACAAUCCAUAUCUAGUCAUAAUCAUUGUUGGCCGUAAAUUGUUACUUCCCUUGCAAUGUGGUGUUUGAUAUGGUGUUUGAUAUGGAACAUGACAUGAGACAGUACCAACAUGUGAAGAGGAGCUAUUAACUCGUGGCUGCAAGAUCCCACAAUUAGCGGUGUAGUAUUAACAAUCAAUCACAGGGUAAGCUUGGUCGCAGAAUCACGGCCUCCAUGUAAUGCUGUUGUUGAGUUUGGGUCGAAGCUGCUCAGGCAUGACAGUUGGGCCAAGAUUUCAGUCUUCUCAAAUGGUUAGUCUCUUGUAUCUGUUGUAGUUUCAGAAACUUAUACAGUAGAAAAAGGACACGACACAAUAAAAUUGUACAAUAGCGAGAUUAGUAUGUCCAGCAUUUUUUUUUUCUCUUGGGAAAGAAGGGUGGUGGUGGCAGCGGCGACAGUGUUUGCCGGGUGGGGGUCGUCUUAAAUUACAAUAUUGUACAUUAAUAAUUUAGAAAGAAAAGAGUUCAUUUUCGUGUGAA